AUGUCCAUUCAUUACCUCCUCGUGCUAAAUCGGCAGGGCAAGACGAGACUUGCUAAAUGGUUCGAUAGUACAUACACGGAAAAGGAGAAACAAGAACACAUCAGUGAGAUCCACAGGCUAAUCUCGUCACGAGAUCUGAAGCACCAGUCCAAUUUCGUUGAAUACCGCAACAACAAGCUUGUUUACCGCAGAUACGCUGGACUCUUCUUUGUCGUGCUGAUAGACUACUUGGACAACGAGCUCACGUACUUGGAGUCGGUGCAUUUUUUUGUCGAGAUCCUCGACACAUACUAUGAUAACGUUUGUGAACUAGAUCUUGUGUUCAACUUCCAUAGGCUAUAUGUGGUGCUAGACGAGAUCUAUCUAGGCGGGGAGUUGCAGGAGAUUCUGAAGUCCAGAGUUCUACAAAGGCUUGCAUAUCUAGAUCAAUUGGGGGAAUGA